AAGCGUGUGAAAGCGUGUGUGUGUGUGUGCGUUACCCUAAUACAUGCAGACUCUCACUAUCACCCAAGUGAUCUCUUUGUAAUAAUGCGGCUUCUUGCUGAUAGAGAUUAAAUGGACAACGUUGAGCAAAAUGACCGUCCACGCUCCAGGCAGCUUGUUCUCGCAGACGCCCUGGACGAAGCACAGCUGGAUCUCCUCGGGCAGAGGCUAGAAAAGAAGUCUCUGUCACUUUCGGAGAGGGUAAAGUCACAAUGUUGGUGUUCUGGUUCCAGGAUAAAAAGCUUCGUGCUGGAGGUUAUUCCCGUCCUGUCAUGGCUCCCUCAUUACUCCGUCAGACACAACGCCAUCGGAGAUCUGGUGUCUGGCAUCAGCGUUGGGAUCAUGCAUCUACCACAGGGUAUGGCCAAUGCCAUGUUGGCAGGAAUUCCUCCAGCAUUUGGUCUGUACACUUCUCUUUAUCCUCUGAUCGUCUACUUCAUCUUUGGCACUUCCAGACACCUCUCCAUUGGUACCUUUGCCGUCCUGUCCAUCAUGAUUGGGACUAUGACAGCUAAUGUGGAGUUGCUUAGCGACGGUGAUGAAGCAGCUGUUGAAGCAGCCAAAGUAAACGUAACGGUGCAAGUCACCUUCCUUUGUGGCCUAAUACAACUCCUUUUGUACCUGCUGCGGGGAGGUGUUGUGUGCCGCUGGCUGUCGGAUCCUGUAAUCAGAGCCUACACCACAGCAGCCGGCCUGCACAUGAUCAUCGUACAGCUGCCGCUAAUGACAGGAGCACCAGUACAGAAACAUACUGGACUGCUGGCUUCACCUAGGACUUUCAUAGAUGUUCUGUAUGGAGUGACCAAUGCUGUAACAGGAACUCUGUUAGUCUCUUCGGUUUCUUUGGUGAUGCUCAUCGGAGGCAAACUGCUGAAUGAGCGCUUUAAGAACAAACUGCCUGUCGCCAUACCAUGGGAGCUUAUACUGAUUGUUCUCAGCACCCUCCUGUCAGUACAGAUGGAUCUGGCUGGACAGCACAGAGUCCAGGUGGUGGGACACAUACCCAGUGGCCUGUCUCCCCCAGCUCUUCCCUCCUUGUCUCAGUCCAGAGAGCUUUUCAUUCCAGCUCUGUCCUUGGCUUUGAUUGGCUUCAGCUUCCUCUCAGCCAUGGGCUCAGUGUUUGCCAACAAACAUGGCUACUGUGUGGACCCGAGUCAGGACCUGCUGGCCCUGGGUCUGUGUAACACCAUUGGAGGGAUGUUUCAGUGCUUUGCUGUCAGCUGCUCCUUUUCUCGCAGCACGGUCCAGGAAAGCAUCGGCGUCAAAACACAGAUGGCUGGUCUGGUGUCAGCUCUGUUGAUGCUGACAGUCUUGUUGGAGAUUGGUUAUCUCUUUGAGCAACUGCCAAAGGCAGUGCUGGCAGUGAUUAUCGUGGUGAACCUUCAGGGCAUACUGGCUCAGUUCAGAGAUGUGCGUCUGCUCUGGAAAUCUGACAGAUUAGACCUGCUCGUGUGGAUAGUGUCACUGACUUCCACCUUCAUUUUUAACCUGGAUCUGGGUCUGGCUGUGGCCGUCGUCUUCUCUCUGGUCACACUCCUUUACAGGACACAACACUCCACCACUGUUGUUUUGGGUCACAUUCCUGGUACAGACUGUUACAGAGAUGUGGAGCUCUACCUUGAGGCGAAGCAAAUUCCAGGUGUGACGAUACUCACAUGUUCAAGUCCACUUUACUUUGCCAACGCUGAACUGGUGUUCACAAAGAUCAGACAGACGGUGAAUCAUGGUCAGAAGGAAAACUCAGCUGGAGUUCACAUCGCUGCUUCUUCGGUUUCUUCCCCCCCAGUGCAGACACACAUGCACACCUACUGCUUGGUUCUGGAUCUCAGCUCUGUUACCUUUAUGGACUCUGUGGCCAUGACGGCACUUUGCAAGGUUGUAGAAGUCUUGGACAUCCAGGGUGUCGGUGUUUUUCUGGCAGCUUGCCCAGAGAAAGUUUUAUCCCAGCUCCAGACUCAGGGUUGUAUACCAGACAGCCUGCCCCGCUCCUGUCUCUUUCCAUCGGUCCAUCAUGCCAUCCAGCACUGCCUCACCAUCCUGCCCAGGUCUCUGGAGGAAAUCAACUUGGGCACAAGCGUUUGUUAAAACGACAAAGGGACAAUAAUCCUGCAUAAAGCACACCCCAAACACAACCCUGGGGUGGACGGCGCCCAUUUAUCGGUGGACAUCGGUGGUUGCUCUCUGUCCAAUGCGAUUUCUUCCACGCCUUCUGCCUUUGGCCAGAUUGAAACCCGCCUCAUCAACGUAUAUGAACGUGUGCAGUGGUUCCUCUCCCUUUAGAGAGAGAGAGCGAGCGAAAAUGUAACAACUUUUCCUGUGUAACAUAAUGCAUUUUGUAUGUUCUGUGAGUAUAUAUACAGAAUUGCUAGUCUACUGCAUGAAACUACACAAAGUAAAACAGUUUACAGUUCUGAACGUUGGAGUAUACAUAGAAGACAUGUUUUACCUGUACAUACUGGUGACGGAUCUCCUUCACUCUUUCACUGUUCUGUUCAAAUGGCACUUUGUACAAUUCUUUCAUGCGCAUUUCUUUUCUCUUGAGCACUCUGUCAGUUGUUGCAAUUGACACAGAUCCAAUAUUGCCAAAUACACCGUUAUCCUCUAUGACUGCGCUUUGGGUUUCUUUCAACUUUAUUGCAUUGUUUGCAGUCACCAUUGCACAAAUGGCUUCCUCUUGCUGCGGGGUAAAAAGGGGCCCUCUUCCACCUCUGCGAGGUUGUCUUUCAAUCCUUUGUGGUGCAGAUUACAGUAAAAUUACAGUAAUCUACACUCAACAUGAGCUAUUAUGAGAUGUUGGAUUACUUUCCAAUACUAUACAUAUCUGUUGUCCCUAUGAAAUGUUUGAAUGAUUGAAUUCCCAGUGGUUCUUUCAACAUUUGGUUGCACCUUCCGACCAGCCUCAUCCAUUGUGAGGCCGUGAUUGACAACAUGGUCAACAAGUGUUGCCCUAAUUUCAUUAGGAAUCGGCUCAUGGAUUUUGGCGUCUUCUCCCUCUUCCCCUGUUUUGUCCCCCCCGCAUCCUCACCCCUCUUCCACGAUGCUGACCUUCCAUUUUUGUGUCACAGAAUUGUAGUAAUGGUACACACUAUGUCCUGCUCAGUUCAUAUAUGCUUGCCAAUUGAGGGUUCAUGGGAUUGAUCCAUGAGUGAUUGUGAACAAGUGGCUUGGCAUUGGUUACAACUAAUA